GCCUGCGCGGCGUGUGAGGCCGCACCGCACCGCACGGCGCCGCAGCGCACCGCGGGAUGUGGCGGCGGCUGGCGGGGCUGCUGCUCGCCUUCGCGGCCGCCACGGCCGGGUUGUGGCUGCUGUCGUCGCGGCUGAGCGCCGGGCAGGCGCGCAGGCCACUGCGGUUCCCGUCGGACCUGGAGGAGCUGCGGGAGUUGGCCGAGGCGCUGCGGGACUACGAGCGGCAGCACCGGGGCGCGGCGCUGGCCUUGUUUUGCGCCGCGUACCUCUACAAGCAGAGCUUCGCCAUCCCGGGCUCCAGCCUCCUGAACGUCCUGGCUGGAGCGCUGUUCGGGCCGUGGACCGGGCUGGUGCUGUGCUCAGCCCUAACGUCUGUGGGAGCGACCUUCUGCUACCUGAUCUCUGCCGCGUUCGGGAAGCAGCUCAUCGUCUACUACUUUCCUGACAAAGUGGCUCUGCUGCAAGGAAAGGUAGAAGAGAACAGGAGCUGCUUAUUUUUCUUCUUGUUGUUCCUGAGGCUGUUCCCCAUGACACCAAACUGGUUUCUGAAUCUCUCAGCUCCCAUUUUAAACAUCCCUGUGUCCCAGUUCUUCUUCUCUGUCCUCAUUGGUCUUACCCCGUAUAAUUUCAUCUGUGUGCAGACAGGAGCCAUUCUGUCACAAAUCACCUCUUUGGAUGCCAUUUUCUCCUGGGACACAUUGCUCAAACUGCUCGCAAUGGCUGUGGCAGCACUGAUACCAGGGACCCUUAUCAAGAAGUACAGCAAGAAGCGCUUGAAGCUGGAUGACAACAAGCACACUCAGAUACUCAACGGCAAAAAGAGCUUGUGAUGGCCCAGGUGCCCCAGAUGUUGGGGCCUCACAACAGGUCUCUGUCUCGGGGGCUAUAUUCUGCAUGCUCUGUGCCAGCGUGGACCAAGGACAAUUGCAGUUUUUAAAUCAUUUUUCUUGUCAAAGAGGAGGUAUAAGGAUCUUUAUUUUUAAUUAAUGUUUUAACUGUGCAUGUAUCUGCACGGAGAGCACUAUACAGGGGCUCUGUGAAUACUUC